AUGCUGCUGGAGCCAUUCCAGGGGAAUUUCUUGGAGACCAUCAUCAAGAUGUUCAGCUCCUUUGGUGCCAUCGCCUCCAUCCGUGUCCUGCGACCAGGUCGCAAGUUGCCCUCGGACAUGCACAAGUACACGUUGCAGUUCCCUGAGCUGCUGAGCAGGUGCUGUGCCCUGGUGGAGUAUGAGAGCCUGGAGAGCAGCCACAGGGCCUUGCAAGCCCUCAGCCACCAUGGCUUUCCCAGCAGUGAGAGCAUCAGGGUGGUCCAGGUAUGUGAGAAGAAAGCCAAGAAGAAACCUGUGGCCAAGAGGAAGAUGGUGAAGGAGCUGGUGGAUCAGCCAGGUUGGAAGGUGCAGGCAGAAGCUGUGACUUUCCCCUAUGGCAUUGGGGAUUCCUUGCUCUGCAGCUCCCCAAGGAUGAGGUCCUUCACCUUGCCCCACAGCCCUGAUGGUGCCAAAGGCUUUGGCAGCAGCUUUGGGAGAGGAGAGCUUGUCCUCCAGCACUGA